AUGCCCUCCAACUCCCCUUCGCGCCCCACGGAACGAUUGGAAAUGCGUGUCCCGAACCCUCUUUCGAAAACUUUCAGGACUAGUUCUAGCUCUGACUCAUCCCAUACCAUUCAAGUAAUGACGCAUACCAUUUCCGACCAAAAACAACUGGAGUGCCCAAGACCCGUCUACCCCACCUUUUACCCGGCCAAGAAGCCAAGAAUAUUGCAAAUCAAUGGCUCGCCGCCGGACGAUCUCACCGCACCAUGCAUAUCCAAUUCAUCAUCGCUGUCCGACCUCCACUUCGACACGACUGGCGUAGAAUCCCAUAUCCAAACGCUUUCAGGGCAGACCUCACCGUCAGAAACAUCUUAUCGAGUCAACUGCAUACCCUGUUUGGGGCCACUGUCCCCUGUCGAGGACGAUGCGGCCUCGAGCAGUAGUGGAUCGUACCUAGCGACACCAAGUGACUAUCGUUUGACUCCCCACUCCGCAAGAAGGGACCAAGAGUUGGACGAACAAUGCAGUCGCCCCGAUGUAGGACAGUGUUCCAGGACAGUCCCUUCUAGCUGGCUUGCCCUCUACCUCGUCACUACGCUUUUGAGAAAGGACGUUGAGGGAAGCUUACUCGACCUUUCAUCUAUUCUCAAAUACUCUCAGGUCACACAAGUGCGCCUGAACACGAUCAUUCACGACCUUCACCUUGAUGAAAGGAUUAUGCUCCUUGCAUUAUACUACCUCGAUCGAUUAUACCCCGAUGGAGCAUUCCUGCUUGGAAUUCAUGCUUCCGAAGCUGUUUCAUGGGCCUUCGUCAUCGCAAGAGCCUUUUUGGUCGGUGUGAUGCUGGCUGAGUUGUGGAUUGACGAUAACCCGCACCACAUUAGUGUUUUCGCUCGUUUGUGCCUCUCACCCACCAAGACUGCGGCCCAGAUCCAGCGGAAAGCUCUAGUGGCCCUAGGAUACAACCUGACAGUCAAUGGACUUAUCUGGAAAACUUGGCUGUCUCGCUUACAGCUAAAAUGCAUCAUCUACGAGCUCAGCGUCGAGGUACAGGCGUCCCUCUUACCCAACGCUUCAAUCAAAACAGACACAUAG